AAGCACCACUCGGCCUGCUGUAAACUGCGUAGUGGCUCUGUGGAUCGUCUCCAUCUACUAGGGCGGUUCUUUUCUGUGUCGCUGCUACAGGGAUACCAAGAUGGAAAUCCAGGGGCUUUCUGGUGCCCAAAACAUUCACUCUCAACAUGGCGCCCUACACCGAAGCACUUCGUCUCCACAUCGAUCAGCCACAGGGUCGAGGUGUCGUUUUAUUUGCACAGAAAAUGAAGCGGACAGACAGUUGGAUUCGUCUGAAUCACGAAGUGACAACAACAACAACACCAGCCCGAAGACAUCACCGUUUCGCCUACUGGCGGAAAAUGGUAGCGAGACGGCUUGUUUGUCUGUCAGCAAACCACAAGCAACCGAUAGAUCUAAUUUGCCUGGUAACAGACCGAGUGGUGGACUUCAUAACGUGAACACUGAGAAGAAAAAUGAGCUCAGCGCACUGCUUGGUUGUCAGGAGCCUGUUGGGAACGCCUGGAAGUAUGGGGUAGAAAGUAGCGAUAGUGUAAUGCAAAUGGCGCUGCCUCUGUUUGAAGGGGAAGAGGAACCAAUGCCGCAGCGGCAGCCAACGUUACUGUCUACAGUUUUACGGCAGCAGCGUGAGGACGGCGCCUUCAAACAGCUUUCAUUGCCUGGGAGCUUCGGCGCUGCGAACAGGACAGAUAAAGUUAACGAAGAACUGUAUGCUUUUAAUGCUGUUCAAGACGAUGGCAACAGCGAGGCAAGCAAACACCGACCGGAUCUAUCAUCUGAGGACAGCGAUAAAAUAAAAGGUACAAAGCCAGAGUGCUCUAAAGCAAAUCCCUGUGGCUCCAUGGAGGUUGGAAACAGCAGUAGUGUUAUUCUCUGUGAAUGUAAUAGCAACUUGAACUGUCUUGAUGCCCAGUCCUCGAAAAAGACAGACCAUUUCAACUUACAUAACGAAAAUUGUACCGUGAUCAAUGCUAAACGGGCGGCAUGUCACCACACUGUCGAAGAUGUUGUACUGACAAACAAAUAUGGCGAUAAGAUUUGUGGGCAGAUUUGUACCGAAAACAACGGCGGUAAACUGGUUAGGGAGAUGUCGUCGCAGUCCCGUAUUGACGACAGCGGUAUCUUCAUUUCAGGUGACUCUGGCGUUGUGGACGUCAUGGACACCUCGGACUUGAUUUCAGACUCAACGGGGCUUCAGGACAGUGCACACCCGUCCACGGCCUCCACAAGUCCUCCAUCUAGUGAAACCUUUUCCGGAACUAUCACGAUAAACAACCAAAGCAUCAUAGUGACCAUAGAAAACGGGGUGCUGACUCUCGCUGCUCCACCAGAGGGAUAUAUCCACAAAGAGGAUGACAUGGUCAGCUUGAAGGAACAUCUGGGAAUGAAAGACAAUGAAGAUAUUGUUCUUCUCAACUAUGACAGUGGUACUAAAUCUAUAGGGAAGAUCAGCACGCUUGCAAUGUCCAGUACUAGCCAGCAAGAAGAGCCUAGACUUGGGUUGUCUGUGAGUGAGUCAGAGCUUGCUCUGGUUGAUGACUGCUCACUGUCAGAGCUGGGCACCUCUCUGGACUCCUGUCCCAUCAUCAAGCAGGAGGCAGGGGUGCUGUGUGCUGUAACAGAGGCUGAUCUGGUCACUGCAUCCCCUAAAGCCACCGUGACCGACUGUGACAGUGAGGACUUCCACUCUGCACCACUAGUCAGGUCAAAGAGAGAGACUGUGGCCUCUUUUGGCUGUCCAGAACCUGGCUGUUCUGCUACAUUUGACACACGUCAGAAACUCAAGGUUCAUCUCCUGAACCACGCAGAGGAUCCACGCCCCUACCAGUGCACGGUGGAGGGCUGCGGCUGGGCUUUUGCCACCUCUUACAAACUAAAGAGACAUCUUCAGUCCCAUGACAAGCAGCGGCCACACCCGUGCCUGUUUGAAGGCUGUGGGCGGCGGUUCACCACCGUCUACAACCUGAAGGCUCACGUCAGAGUCCAUGAGCAGGAUAAUUCCUUCAUCUGCGAGAUCUGCAGCGAGACGUUUCGCAGUGCUACACGACUUGCUAAUCACCAGAGGGUCCACUUUGAACCACAGAGGCCCCACAAAUGUGAAUUCCCAGGUUGUGAGAAAACCUUCAUCACCUUCAGUGCCCUCUUCUCCCACAAUCGAACCCACUUCAGAGAAACAGGCCACUUCACCUGCACUUACCCAGGCUGUGAUAAGACGUACGACAAGGCCUGUCGUCUCAAGAUCCAUAUGAGGAGUCACACUGGUGAGAGGCCAUUUGUUUGUGACUCAGAGGGCUGUGGCUGGUCUUUUACCAGCAUGUCAAAGUUACUCCGACACAAAAGGAAACACGAUGAUGACCGUCGCUUUGUUUGCAGAGAGGAGGGUUGUGGAAAGUCCUUCACCCGUGCAGAGCAUCUUAAGGGUCACAGCAUCACCCAUCUGGGCACCAAGCCCUUCCAGUGCCAUGCAGAAGGCUGUAAUGCCAAGUUCUCAGCACGCAGCAGCCUGUACAUCCACUCCAAGAAGCAUAAGCAGGACGCCAGCACCCUGAGGACCCGCUGUCCUGUGGCCAACUGCUCCAAGCACUUCUCCUCCCGCAGCAGCCUUAGGAGCCACAUGCUCAAACACCACCACCUUAGUCCCGAUGUUUUAAGUCAGAUGGAGACCACGCCCACCCUGACUCCCAGCAGCGAGCUCAUCAGCUCCACUCCAACAACGAUCGCCGGGCCUGGUAUUGCUGGAGGUGACCAGCUGACCAACUUGGACCUUAGCUCUCUUUUUUCUGCUGUGCCUGGAGGCUCUCCACAAGCUGCUGGUGUCGGGGUGGGAAUCCCUCUUGGUGGUAGCAGCUCUGCUGGCACAUUCACUAUGGACCUCUCCCUCAUCGCCUCAGGCAUCCUCACCAUUGACCCCUCCUCAGUUGGUACCACACUUGGUACUAGCACUAGUGCCACACUGGCCAAGGCUGUGGACCCUCUUAUCCUAGCAGUCAGUGCAGACAUGGCCCCCCACCAUGGUCUGGAAGGAACGGUGGGUGACGUCCUGCCCCCACAGGGCACUCUCAACCUGGAUGAUGUGCAGACAGUUACUCCGGAGGCCCUGGGAACACUAACGGCUCACACCAUGCAGGGUACUGGUGCCUCCAUAGACCCCACUCUACAGCACCCUUUGAGCUCCUCCAGCGCACUGAGCAUGGAGCCCACAACUACACUGGCUGUGGCUCCUGUGGCCGAGCUGCUAGCUUCACCCUCUAAGGUGGUGGACGUUGGUGGAGCGGGGCCUCUGCUGGGUUGUGUGGAGGUGCUGGGGAAUCAAGAAAGAGGAAAAGUCCUCACCCAGUUUGUUUUUCCCAGUCACAGCAGCAGCUUCAGCCCUCAGAAAGACUCAGAACUCAAUGCUGUGUCACCAAGCAGCUUCCUUGAGAGUGGAGGGUCAGCCAGGACAGACUACAGAGCCAUCCAGCUGGCCAAGAAAAAGAAGCAGAGAGGUCCAUCAGCCUCCUCCGGGAGUUCAGGAUUGAGUCAGAGAAAAAGUAAAACGGCAAAAGCAGCCAUUGCUUCUGCACCACUGGCUCCGUCUGUUGCUCAGUAUGGUGAAGCAGCUCCAACAGCCAGUGGGGGUCUGACUCUGCGUGACUCCGUCGCCCAGUAUGUCCAGAUUCAGCUGCUGCAGGAUGACCCAGCCAGUGAUGGUGAUUUGGCCUUCCAGCUGAGCUCGCAGCCCUCCAGCUCCCAUUCUCAGCUCACUGUCGACCUGCCUGUCAACAUUUUACAGGAACCUUCAGUGAUGGCCGAGGACGACAAUGGCUCUGACAACUCCCAGUUCACAGGAAGCACAAUCAACCUUCAGGACCUGGAGUGACCAGCACAGAGCCUGAUGUGAGGAUUGACAGUCCACAGUUUACAUCAGCACAACACACACAUCUUGAGAUGUGCCACUCCAUCCAAUGGUUGUCCAGACUUCGAAAGCCUUUUUAGGGGUGGUUGAAUGUGUGUGCGAACAGUUCUAUGGAUGAUGUACCUUAGGAAGAGGGGAUGAGGAUUCUGUGUGUUUUAUCUGAAGUCCAGUUUGUACCAAAAUCAAAGCUGAGAGCACUCACACACAUAAGAGGCUCCUUGUUCCUCUGUGUGCUGCAUGUGUUCACACUAAUGGUGUCUACUCCAUUGUGCCACAUUGCUGCUCAUGCACCCACAGUGCAUCAUCUUCGCUCCAGUUGCCUUACAGACACCUCUUGCUGUGUGCACCUCCUCCAGUCAGUUCUCUGCUCUAUUUGUUGCCAGUUUAAUUUCUUACAUUGUUAGAUUUAUUUUUCUAUGGCAGCAUUUCAUGUUGAAAACAUGCGUGAUCAUGUUUAACAAUUUCAUCUGCUUAUUUAUUGUUUAGCUGUGGGUUUACAGAAUGGCAGAGCCAAAUGAAUUAAAGAAUCAAAGCACAAUCAACAGUUUGUUGAGAGGCCUUCCUUUUACGUUUUUAAUUGUAUGAAACAUGCAGGGUUUUCAAGGAUCACAAGAUUCAUGAAGGGAAUAACAAUAUAAUAUAAUGGAAAGGAGUGUGGAGAAAAACAAUUUGGUCAUACUCUAACAACUGUUAGAAUUUACAAAGAGGGUAUACAGUAUUUCAGUUCAGUGAAGCAUGUGCAGUUACUGUGUCAUUGCAUUAUCAGGACUGAAGGUGAUAUCAGUACGAAAGGUGAGAUGUUUUAUCAGUAAAAUGUAUUGGUGUCAAAAGUAAAAAAUUGCCCCUGUAACCCACAGAUCAUUAUGCAAUCUGUGACAGCAUUACAUCAGUACUGAUGCAGCAGUGUAUAAGCAACAGUUUACAGUUGAAGUCAGAAGUUUAUAUACAUUUAGAUUGAAGUCAAACCUUUUUUUAACCUCUCCGCAGAUGUCAUGUUAAACUCAUUUUGGUAAGUCGGUUGGGAUGUAAUUUAUGCAUGACAGGUAAUUUUUCCAGCAGUUGUUUACAGAUGGAUCAUUUCACAUAUAUUUCACUAUAUCACAGUUCCAGUAGGACAGAUGUUUACAUACAUUCAGUUCAUAGAAAAUUCCAGAAAAUAAUGUUAAGGCCUUAGAAGUUUUUGAUAGGCUAAUUGACAUGUGCAUGUGUGGAUGUAUUUUAAGGCGUAUCUUCAAACUGAUACCUCUUUGUUUGACAUCAUGGGAAAAUCGAAGGAAAUCAUCCAAGACCUCAGGAAAAAAAUGUGGACCUCCACCGGUCUGGUUCCUCCUUGGGAGCAAUUUCCAAACACCUGAAGGUACUACGUAUAAAUACCAUGGGACAACGCAGCCAUCAUACCACUCAGGAAGGAGACGUGUCCUGUCUCCUAGAGAUGAACGUACUUUGGUCUGAACAGUACAAAUCAAUCCCAGAACAACAGCAAAGGACCUUGUGAAGACACUGGAGGAAACGGGUACCAAAGUAUAUAUCCACAAUAAAACCAGUCUUGUAUGGACGUAACCUGAAAGGCUGCUCGGCAAGGAACAAGCCACUGCUUCAAGACUGCCAUAAAAAGGCAGACUACUUUUUUGUAGCUGCACAUGGGGACAAAGAUCUGACUUCUGGAGAAAUGUCCUCUGGUUUGAUGAAACAAAAAUUGAACCGUUUGGCCAUAAUGGCCAUCGUUAUAUCUGGAGGAAAAAGGGGGAGGCUCAUGAGAUGAAGAACACC